AUGGGUCUCUGGGGGAUCUUUGCCUUCCCCCUGGGGCUCCUGCUUGCUUCUGUGCUCCUGGUGGCUUCAGCCCCAGCCACUCCAGAGUCUCCUGGCUGCAGUGACAAGGAGCAACAGGUCACCGUCAGCCACACCUACAAGAUCGAUGUGCCCAAGUCAGCUCUGGUUCAAGUAGAGACUGACCCACAGUCCCUCAGUGAUGAAGGGACAUCACUCUUGGCAGCCGGGGAGGCUGGGGAGGAGCAGAACUUCAUCUUCAGGCACAACAUCCGUCUUCAGACACCGCAGAACUGUGACUGGGCAGACAGUGUCCAGGACCUGCUGGCCCGGGUGAAGAAGCUGGAGGAAGAGAUGGCAGAGAUGAAGGAGCAGUGUAGUGCCAACCGCUGCUGCCAGGGAGCUACUGAUCUGAGCCGCCACUGCAGUGGUCAUGGGACCUUCUUCCCGGAGACCUGCAGCUGCCACUGUGAGCAGGGCUGGGAAGGCGUGGACUGUGAACUGCCCACCUGUCCCGGGGCUUGCAGCGGCCACGGGAGCUGCGUGGACGGGCGCUGCGUGUGCGACCAGCCCUACGUGGGGGUCGACUGCGCCUAUGCUGCCUGCCCCCAGGACUGCAGCGGGCAUGGCGUGUGCGUGCAUGGCGUCUGUCAGUGCUAUGAGGACUUCACCGCGGAGGACUGCAGCGAGCAGCGCUGUCCGGGUGACUGCAGCGGGCAUGGCUUCUGUGACACCGGCGAGUGUUACUGCGAGAUGGGCUUUACUGGUCCUGACUGUUCCCAGGUGGUGGCUCCUCAGGGCCUACAGCUGCUCAAGAGCACGGAGAAUUCCCUGCUGGUGAGCUGGGAGCCCUCCAGUGAGGUGGACCACUACCUGCUCAGCUACUAUCCCCUGGGGAAGGAGCAGGAUACAAAGCAGGUCCAGGUGCCCAAGGAACAGCAUACCUAUGACAUCACUGGUCUGCUGCCUGGCACCAAAUACAUAGUCACCCUGCGCAAUGUGAAGAAGGACAUUUCCAGCAGUCCUCAGCAUCUCCUUGCCACCACAGAUCUUGCUGUGGUAGGCACUGCCUGGGUUAAUGAAGAGACAGAGACAUCCCUUGAUGUGGAGUGGGAGAACCCGCUGACGGAGGUGGACUAUUACAAGCUUCGGUAUGGCCCCUUAACAGGGCAGGAAGUUGCUGAGGUCACUGUGCCUAGGAGCCAUGAUCCCAAGAGUAGAUAUGACAUCACUGGUCUGCAGCCUGGAACAGAAUAUAAGAUCACAGUUGUUCCCAUGAAAGGUGGCCUGGAGGGGAAGCCGAUUCUCCUGAAUGGCAGGACAGAAAUUGAUGGACCAACCAAUGUGGUCACUAAUCAGGUGACGGAAGACACCGCAUCUGUGUCCUGGGAUCCAGUGAGAGCUGACAUAGACAAGUACGUGGUGCGCUAUAUCUCCCCCGAUGGGGAGAGCAAGGAGAAAGCGGUCCCCAAGGACCAGAGCAGCACUGUUCUGACGGGCCUGAAGCCAGGAGAGGCCUACAAAGUCUUCGUGUGGGCUGAGAGAGGCAACCAGGGCAGCAAGAAAGCAGACACCAAGGCCCUUACAGAAAUUGACAGCCCUGAAAACCUGGUGACUGACCGGGUGACAGAGAACACUCUUUCUGUCUCAUGGGACCCAGUGGAAGCUGACAUUGACAGGUAUGUGGUAAGCUACACUUCCGUGGAUGGUGAGACGAAGCAGGUCCCAGUGAGGAAGGAUCAGAGAAGCACAGUCCUGACUGGCCUGAAGCCAGGUGUGGAGUACAAAGUUUCCGUGUGGGCCGAGAAGGGCGAUCGAGAGAGCAAGAAGGCUAACACCAAGGCUCCCACAGACCUUGACAGCCCCAAAAACUUGGUGACUGACCAAGUCACAGAGAACACUCUCAGUGUCUCCUGGGACCCUGUUCAGGCCAACAUUGACAGGUACAUAGUGAGCUACACCUCUGCUGAUGGCGAGACCAGGGAGGUGCCCGUGUCUAAGGAGAAGAGCAGCACCGUCCUGACGGGCCUGAGGCCGGGUGUAGAGUACAAGGUCCACGUGUGGGCCCAGAAGGGGGCUCAGGAGAGCAGGAAGGCCAAUACCAAGGCCCCUACAGAUAUUGAUGGCCCCAAAAACCUGGUGACUGACCAGGUGACAGAGACCACUCUCAGUGUCUCCUGGGAACCAGUGGAGGCUGACAUCGAUAGGUACAUAGUGCGCUACACCUCUGCUGAUGGCGAGACCAGGGAGGUCCCUGUGUCUAAGGAGAAGAGCAGCACCGUCCUGACGGGCCUGAGGCCAGGUGUGGAGUACAAGGUUGAUGUGUGGGCCCAGAAGGGGGCCCAGGACAGCAGGAAGGCCAACACCAAGGCCCCCACAGAUAUUGAUAGCCCUAAAAACCUGGUGACUGAGCAGGUGACAGAGAACACUGCCACUGUGUCCUGGGACCCAGUAGAGGCUGACAUUGACAGGUAUGUGGUGCGCUACACAUCUGCUGAUGGAGAGACCAGGGAAAUCCUUGUUGGGAAGGAGGAGAGAAGCACCAUCCUGACGGGCAUGCGACCAGGUGUGGAGUAUCAGGUCGACGUGUGGGCCCAGAAGGGGACACGGGAGAGCAGGAAGACCAGCACCAAAGCCCCCACAGAUAUUGAUGGCCCCAAAAACCUGGUGACUGACCAAGUCACAGAGACCACUCUCAGUGUCUCCUGGGAACCAGUGGAGGCUGACAUCGAUAGGUACAUAGUGCGCUACACCUCUGCUGAUGGCGAGACCAGGGAGGUCCCUGUGUCUAAGGAGAAGAGCAGCACCGUCCUGACGGGCCUGAGGCCAGGUGUGGAGUACAAGGUUGAUGUGUGGGCCCAGAAGGGGGCCCAGGACAGCAGGAAGGCCAACACCAAGGCCCCCACAGAUAUUGAUAGUCCCAAAAACCUAGUGACCGACCAGGUGACAGAGACCACUCUCAGUGUCUCCUGGGACCCGGUAAAGGCCGACAUCGACAGGUAUGUGGUACGCUAUACCUCUGCUAAUGGAGAAUCCAAGGAAUUUCUUAUUGGGAAGGACCAGAGGAGCACCAUCCUGACAGGCCUGAGGCCCGGUGUGGAGUACAAGGUUGAAGUGUGGGCCCAGAAGGGAGCCCGGGAGAGUAAGAAGGCCAACACCAAAGCUUACACAGACAUUGACAGUCCCAAAAACCUGGUGACCAAUCAGGUAACAGAAAAUACAGCCACCAUCUCCUGGGACCCGGUGCAGGCUGAUAUUGACAGGUACAUGGUGCGCUACACCUCCGCUGAUGGCGAGACCAGGGAGGUUCCAGUGAGGAAGGAGAAGAGCAGUACUGUCCUCACAGGCUUGAGACCUGGUGUGGAGUACACUGUUCAAGUGUGGGCUCAGAAGGGGGCCCGGGAGAGCAAGAAGGCCAAAACCAAGGCCCCCACAGAAAUUGACAGCCCCAAGAACUUGGUGACCAACCGGGUAACAGAGAAUACAGCCACCAUCUCCUGGGAUCCAGUGCGAGCCACCAUUGACAAGUACAUGGUACGCUACACCUCUGCGGAUGGAGAGACCAAAGAGAUUCCAGUGUCAAAGGAUCAGAGUAGUACCAUCCUGACGGGUCUGAAGCCAGGCAUGGAAUAUACCAUCCAUGUAUGGGCCCAGAAGGGGGCCAGGGAGAGCAAGAAGGCUGACACGAAGGCCCUAACAGAAAUUGACCCUCCGAAAAAUCUCCGUCCUUUUGGCGUCACACAUUCUGGUGGAGUAUUGACCUGGAUGCCCCCCUCUGCUCAAAUUGAUGGCUACAUUUUGACCUACCAGCUCCCCAACGGCACAGUGAAGGAAGUGCAGCUCCAAAGAGGUCAGCAGAGGUUUGAAUUGCAAGACCUGGAACAGGGUGUCACCUACCCUAUUUCCUUGGUUGCCUUUAAGGGUGAUCGCCGGAGUCGAAGUGUAUCUACCACCCUUUCUACAGUGGAUGCCCGUUAUCCACACCCCUCAGACUGCAGUCAGGUUCAGCAGAACACCAAUGCUGCCAGUGGCCUCUACACAAUCUACCUAAAUGGUGACGCCAGUCGGCCCAUGCAGGUGUACUGUGACAUGGACACGGAUGGAGGCGGCUGGAUUGUCUUCCAGAGACGGAACACUGGGCAGCUGGAUUUCUUCAAGCGUUGGCGGAGUUAUGUAGAUGGUUUUGGGGACCCCAUGAAGGAGUUCUGGCUUGGACUUGAUAAACUACACAAUCUCACCUCUGGCACUCCUACGCGGUAUGAGGUGAGGGCAGACUUACAGACUUUCAACGAAUCCGCCUACGCUGUGUAUGAUUUCUUCCAAGUGGCGUCCAGUAAAGAGCGGUACAAGCUGUCAGUUGGGAAGUACAGAGGCACAGCAGGGGAUGCUCUCACUUACCACAAUGGAUGGAAGUUCACGACUUUUGACCGAGACAAUGAUAUUGCCCUCAGCAACUGUGCGCUGACUCAUCAUGGUGGCUGGUGGUAUAAGAACUGUCAUUUGGCCAACCCUAAUGGCAAAUAUGGGGAGACCAAGCAUAGUGAGGGAGUGAACUGGGAGCCGUGGAAAGGUCAUGAGUUCUCCAUUCCUUAUGUGGAGCUGAAAAUCCGCCCCUUUGGUUACAGCAGAGACCGUUUCUCCGGCAGAAGGAAGCGGUCCAUAGGAGGAAAAGCGAGAAUGUUCUGA